UGUGACGGUAGUUCCAGAGAUGACCACCGAAUGUAUUCCAAACACCCUCAUUCCUCAACCAAUUAAAACUUGCCACCUCAUCCUUUAAUCUUUCACCUAACAAUCCCAUUAGUUACCACUACCACGUACCCUGCGGCCCGUCUCACCAGAUAAGUCCUUUGUGUACACGUGUUGUAGUAACAAAGCCUAGGUGCUUUCAUAACGUGACAACAACAGUCAUUCCCAUUCUCAUCAUCUCUCUUCAACAUAUCUUUCUCUCUACAAAAACACACAGACACUGGUGGUGGGAGGAGCUUAGCUUAAUCUGUUCGCAAUUAUGGCAGGAAGGAAGAGAAGGAAACACCGAUUGUUGUCUGAAACAUUCAAGGAUGAUAAAAGAGUAUCAACGAAAGAAAAAGACGAGCAAGAUCAUCACGAAUCAUGGUCAAUCCUUCCGUCUGAACUUCUCGAACUCAUAAUCUCCCGAUUAACUCUAAAAGACAACAUCCGCACAUCUUCCGUCUGCAAAAAAUGGCUUUCAGUCGCUUUAUCAGUCAGAAAAGUCAACAAACCGCCAUGGCUAAUGUACUUCCCAAAACUCGGCCACCUCUUCGAGUUCUACGACCCAUCAAAACGCAAAACAUACUCUCUCGAAUUACCACAACUCCAUGGAUGCAGAAUCUGUUACAACAAAGACGGAUGGUUAUUACUCUACAAGCCAAGAACACAACGCGUCCUAUUCUUUAAUCCCUUCACAAGGGAAAUGAUUAAACUACCAAGAUUCGAAAUGACAUACCAAAUCGUCGCCUUUUCAAACUCCCCCAAAUCCCAAAACUGUAUUCUUUUCACAGUCAAACACGUCAGCCCUACAGUCGUCGCCAUUAGCACCUGUUCACCAAAUGCAACCGAAUGGACUACUGUAAACUACCAUAAUCGGUUGCCAUUCGUUAGCAGUAUUUGGAACAAACUUGUUUUCUGUAACGGGUUGUUUUACUGUUUGAGUUUAACCGGAUGGCUUGGAGUUUAUGACCCGAUAGAGCACACAUGGAGCAUCCGGAUUGUCCCCCCACCUCGUUGCCCUGAUAACUUCUUUGUGAAAAAUUGGUGGAAAGGGAAGUUUAUGGCGGAAAAUAAAGGUGAUAUUUUUGUUAUUUACACAUGUUAUAGUGAAAACCCGAUUAUAUAUAAGUUAGAUCAAGAAAAUAAAGAGUGGGUAGAAAUGAAAACGCUUGAAGGUGUGACAUUGUUCGCUAGUUUUUUGUCGUCACAUGCAAGAACGGAUCUUUUGGACGAUAUUACCCUCGGAAACAGUGUCAUGAUUGGGGCGAACAGGAUCCAUUUGAAAGUAUUUGGGUCGACCCGCCUGAUGACGUAUCAGUAUUGGAAAGCUAGUGGAGAAGUUGUGAUUUAAGAUUAAUAAGUCGGAAAAAAUGUGUUGUGGAUGUAACAUGAGAAUGGAUGUAUAUUAGGAGAUGCUGUUAGAACCCAAGUAGUAGGAUUUAGAAAGUUACAUAAUUUAUGUAGUUUAUUAUGUAAAAGUAAUGAGAUAACUUUAUCUUUUUCUUGUGAUAAUGGUUGUUUAAUCAUUAAUGUACCUGAGUUUUGACUAGAUACAUGAUGCAUUUAUAUGUUUAAUGUACCACAAAGUGCAUAAUAUCUUUCAACUUUGCAAUAAAGCCAC